AUGUCUCUACGUCCGUCUACUGCUCCUCUGCGUGCCCCUUUGCCUUCUCCUCCUGCGUCCUCUCUUCCUGCUCUCGCCGACCCUGAGUCGGACUCUCUUCGUGCUGCCAGUCCUACUAUCACGCGUCUCCUUGCUACUGUUGUCACUGACCCUUCUUUCGAGUCUACUGCUGCGUCUGCUCUCGUUACUGAGCUCGUCGACUUUGCUGCUCGCUGUCGCUUAGACUACGCUGCUAGUCUUGUCGCUGAGUCUGAGUCUGUCUGUCCUCCGUCCGUCGGGGGUGAGUGUGCCCUUGGCCCGGACGUCCUUGAGGACAGGCAGGAGGAGUUCCAGUGUCUGGCAGCUGCUUCACCUCAUCUCGUGUCCGUACUGCUUACCCCUGAGGGAGACCCGGAUGCACUUGACAUCCCGACUCCGCGCUCUUACGCGGAGGCGAUAGAGGGUCCCUACUCCUCUCAGUGGCAGGCAGCUAUGGAUGCAGAGAUGGCUUCCUGGAAGUCCACAGGCACCUACGUUGACGCUGUCCCCCCUCCUGGAGCGAACAUCGUCAGUGGCAUGUGGAUCUUCAGGGUGAAGCGGCCGCCGGGUUCUCCGCCUGUCUUCAAGGCGCGUUACGUGGCUCGUGGCUUCAGUCAGCGGCAGGGAGUUGACUACUUUCAGACCUUCUCCCCCACCCCGAAGAUGACCACUCAUCGGGUACUCCUGCACGUUGCUGCUCACCGGGACUACGAGCUUCACUCUCUCGACUUCAGCACUGCUUUCUUGCAGGGCAGCCUGCACGAGGAGAUUUGGCUGCUCUAUGGUCUCCGCCAGGCGCCACGUGAGUGGCACGACACACUGAGGACUACGCUUGCGGCUCUUGGGUUCGCUCCGUCUACUGCCGACCCGUCGCUGUUUCUGCGCACCGACACCUCUCUGCCGCCGUUCUACAUCCUCGUGUACGUCGACGACUUGGUCUUUGCCACAGCUGACACUACUGGACUCGCCUACGUGAAGUCCGAGCUGCAGAAGAGACACACGUGCACUGACCUGGGUGAACUGCGCAGCUACCUUGGCUUGCAGAUACCCGGGACAGAGCACGCCGCACCAUUACCCUGA